CGGCAAAGCUGAGCUGCGGCCGCCCCACAGCACCCAGCACCCCGGGCCCCCACGGCAGCCAUGGGGCUGAGUCCUGCACCCGUCCUUGUCCUCACUCUGCUGCUGGGGGGCACGGUGAACGGGCAGCCCCGGGGCCGGAUCUUGGGGGGCUACGAGGCCAAGCCCCACCUGAGGCCGUACAUGGCCUCGCUGCAGCUGGAUGGGCAGCACAUCUGUGGGGGCUUCCUCAUCGCCAAGCAGUGGGUGCUGAGCGCUGCCCACUGCACUGAGGAGACGGAUGGCAAAAUAUUCCAGGUCCUCCUGGGCGCCCACUCGCUCACGGAGCCGGAGCCCCAUAAGCGCCUGUACCGGGUUCGUGCCCAGAUCCCCCACCCCGGCAGCAACAUCCACAACAACAAGGAUGAUCUCCUCCUGCUGCAGCUGGAGGAGGAAGCGGAGCUGAACGCGCACGUGCAGGUGCUGCCGGUGCAGCGGGAGGACCGGGACGUGGCUCCCGACACCGUGUGCGAGGUGGCAGGUUGGGGCACCAUCAACCACAGCGGCCGCCGGCCCGACAAGCUCUACCAGCUGGAGCGACCGGUGCUGAGCCGCGACGUCUGCAACCACCGCACCCGCCAUGACCACACCAUCACCGAGAAGAUGAUGUGCACCGAUUCCCGCAGGAAGGACACCUGCAAGGGUGACUCCGGUGGCCCCUUGGUCUGCAAUGGGGUGGCCGAGGGGGUGGUCACGGCCGGGUCCCGCGUCUGCGGCAACUACAAGAAGCCGGCGAUUUACACCCGCAUCGCACCCUACACUGCCUGGAUUGACGGUGUCAUCGCAGCCGGGGCCGCUCCCUGAGCCCACACCAGGACCCGGCCCCGUGCCAUGGCCAUGGCACCCACCAGCACCCACACCGAGCACCGGAUGCUGCCACCACUGCCCGGGUCGCACUGGGGGCUCAGACCUCCCCACUCCCCAGGCUUUGCUGAAUGUGCCCUGCUGCAAUAAAGUGAUUCCUGCAGA